AGCUAUUUGAGAGUUGCUACUAUAGAAAAUAUUUUUGAAUAUUGCAAAACUUUGUAAAGUAACAUGAAUGUAAAAGAGCCUCCUAGAAUUUGAUCAGACCUGCCUUAUAUCAAUGAUGAUUUAACAUAGAUUUUAGUCAAAAAUACAUAAUGCAUCCUCUAAAUUUUGAUCUAGAGGCCAUAAGCGCCUCCUCUGAUGUUGAAGAUCGUCUCCUGCAGGUCAAGCAGGCCUUGCUCAAGCUGCAGCAGCCUCUUCAGUGUAGUAUCUGUUUGGACCUACUGACAAACCCUGUGAGCACCAAAUGUGGGCAUAAUUUUUGCACUGCAUGCAUCUACCGCUUGAUGCAAGGAGUGAGAGGGCCCACGUCUUGCCCUCUGUGCCUUGCCCCGGUCACCAAGCGUAGCCUGGAGAACAACACCCGCAUCACUCAUCUAGUGUCAGCAGUCAGAAGCAUUAUCGAUGGAAUCAAGAGAGACUGUGGUCUCAUCAAUUCUCCCCAACGGAGCCGACUCUUGGCCCACCCAACAGUGGAGGACAACUCUGACGAGGAGGAGAUGGACGAGCCUCGACGAGGCACACGCAACAGAGCCACUGUUGCUGACGAGGUGGCACUGCCACUGCCACACGUGCGAAGCCUGGAGUGUUCAGCGAGCUUUAGGGGCAUGAAGCGUGGUCGUGGCAAGCGCGCUCCACCUCUCUUGGCCGUCAGGAAUGUUUCUGCCCCUGAUUUGCCUUCUCUGGUUAAGGAAUCGACUUCUAACUUGCCCAAUCCAAUGCCGCUGAAAGACACCGCUCUCCUCAUGCGCAAAUCUGCUGUUGAUUUACAAGUGUCAAGAUCUGAAAACUGCAGCACUUCAAAUGGCAUUUUCCUGCCUCCCAGCUCCGCCCUUGCGCUCACCACUACUUACAGAGGUCGAGGUCGCGGCAGAGGAAGUGUCAGAGCAAGAGGGAAACUGGCAAAUUUAGGCUCGAGUUCAAUGGUGGCUGCUGCUGAGCAGAGUUCUGAAGAUGAGCUUGUCUCUGUGAGCCAAGUUAAACCAGCGCAACCUGUUGCAUUGUCUGACAGUUGUAAGGACAACCACCAGCGUAAAUUAAUUGGCACGCAAGUUAAAUCAAUGAGACCAAAAGAUAAAGUUUCUUUGUGGUUGAAUAAAAGCAGUGCUGUGGGUUUCAAGAUUGGAUUGUCUCCAGCAACUAAUGAUGGGAAAUCGGAAUCAAGAGCAACAAUUGAUGGCUCCGCUGCAAAAAAAGUGGAAGGAGCUGAGACGAGUGAUAACCCUGCACCUGAUUUUGUUCAAGAAAAGCCAUUGAAAUUGAACAACAGUAAAACUUUGCCACUAUCUGGCGAGUCAACAGUUAUUUUAGAAACACCUUCAGUUGUACAUGCUUCCAAACCUGAGCCUUUGGCCACUAUUUUACAUCUACCUGUGCAUGGAAGGAAAGAGAAAGAAAGUGACGUUCUUAAUCUUUGUGAUGACGAUGAGCUUCCUAAUUGUAAUGAGAGCAUGGACGAGUUUACUGAGAGUACUCCUUUGAAUUCUGGACACAAUAGGCUUGUACAACACGAUGUGGAGAUUAGUUUGAUCACUGCUGCUCCACCAGUCUCUGCUGAACCUGCUACUGAACUGGAUGAGCUUCCUGAUAGCUGCCCCGUGAACACUAAAGACGUUUUUGAUAUUUUAGUUGAAACAGCCAGGAAGAAUCAACCUUCUCAUGUGUCUUCUUCCCAUUUGGUUGAGAAGCACGUUGAAAAAAAUGCCACCACGGACGACGUUUACUUUUUUUGUACUCCGGCUGAAGGAAAUGACCCUCAAGUUUCUUCUAAGAAACCCACGACCAAUGUAGGUAGAGGAGGGAAGAAACGUGUACUUGGUGGUAAAUCUGACACUAGAAAAAUGUACAAGCGCGCGAAGACAACUGAACCAUCAUAUCCAAGCAAAAGCAUCACGCAAGUGACCGUUUCAUCGAGUGUGUCCGAGAAAGAGAGAACAAAAUCCCUGAAGCCUACAAGUGGGACUUCAAACCUAUCAUGUACUGACAGCGACACGGAUGGCAAAACAGUGCUCAUACCGAGCUGUGAAGCCAUGCCUCCCCCUGAUGCCCCUGAAGCGGAAGGUAAUGACCGCCGAGCAAGAUCUGCUCGAGUCAAAAACCAGACCAGCGUCCCAACUAACGUUCGUUAUGCGUCUGAGCUGAAGAAACGGUUUUGUGAGCCACCAAAACUCACUGCAAUGAGUCUUGCUCUUAAAGACUUGAAGUCGCCUGGCUGGUCACAUGUGAUCGGGGCCAAAAAAGACCUCAAAUCGCGACAUAUUGGCCUGAAUAUCACUGGGGGCGACAGUAAGCAAGAAUCCAAUCGCCUGGAGCUCGGUAAUGAGCUCGACAAGACAUCGAUGGAUGUUUCCUCGCGACAAGGUAGGCUUGAUGAGUGCAAGAUUUUGUCUUCAGGAGAAAGUUCUGUUGAAAUAGACGAUCAAACUCAAAAAUAUGAUGUUGAACAUCUGGAACAAAGGCCUGAAGAAUUGACGAAAAUCGUAAAGUUGAAAAAUUUACUUGUGGUAAUGAAUCGUAAGAAUGACCAUUCCCCAAAGGAUAAUGGGAAUCAAUCGGAGAAAAUUUCAAAAGAAGAUGAUGUCCUCGCGAUUGCGGGUGAAGAAAAGUCGCCUGAAAAUGAGGAUAACUGUGAAAUUUUGGCUGCUGUUGAGGAUGGAAAAGAGGCUGUCAUUAGCGUUGUUCCUGAAACACAGUCUGAUGGUGAAGAAGAAUCGCCCGAUCUUGACAAAUCCUCAGAAAACGUGACUAAAAAUUCGGCAUCUGAUGCUAGAUCAACGGGAGAGAAGAGCGGUGCAGAUAUUCAGCCGUUCUUUGUUCGUCAAGCAUCUUCAAGGAGACCAGUGAAACAGAAAAAUUCUCACGUGAACACCAAAGCAAAACUUGUAUCAUACUCAUCAAAUAAUAGCUCGUCAUCCUUGGUCUCCGAAUCUGUGAAAACGGUUGCUAAAACCCAGGAUGAAUCAAGUCGCAGUAAUGAUUUGGCUUCCGGCCAGAAGAAUGCUGACUCUGACCAAAAUACUUCGAAAAUAGCGCAGAAAUCUAGGCCAGAUGUGCGGAGUCCUGAAGACGUUAAUCUAAUGAUGGCCAAUAACUCAUUCACGGUUUCAGAGUCAGCCCAGGCAGCGGAUGAAAUGGAGAAUAAGGCAGAAGAGAAUACCACCAAAUUUCCUCCUCCUCAAGGUCCAACUCGACGAGUUAUGAGAUCUGGCCGGGUUAGAAAAGACGAGGUAUCAACAACUUCUUCAUCUCCCUUAAACGACCUUCACCCAAAGACAAGGCUCAGACCAUCCAAGACUAAGCCUGACCUCAGCUCUGGGGAAGAGAAAGAAAAUGUUUAUGUUGAAGGCCUGCCUUACCGUGGUAGUUUACAGAAGCGGUCUAAGUCGAGUGUCGACUUGAAUUCUGUUACAACUAGCGUAGCGGAGCGAGCUAAGUUGCGUAACAAUUUGCGUUCUGCCAACGUUCAUUUGAGUUCCAUUGCACCUGAACCAGCAAAGUACAAUGCUCAAAAUGCAAAAAUACAAAGUGAGACUAGCAUCGGUGCAGUUGAUGGAGCAGCAUCUGCUCAAAAUAUCUCUCCCAUUACCGCCAAGAAAACGCUGGAUUUUGGAAGCGACAUAAGCAAAAGUUUAGUGGAAGAGUCAAAUACCAAAGACUUAGAAAGGACCACAUUGGGGACGUCUUGCUGUGAGCUACGAGCAACAGGAAUGUCCGACAACACAGGUUACUGCAUCACUGAAGCUACGAAAUUCUCAAGUUUAGACUCUUCUUCUUCCAUGCCUUCUGUUGCUCAGGAACCAUCAGUUGAAAUCAUGGUGGGUCGUUGUAAAGUGGACGCCGCAACUGAGCCAAUCGUAUUGCCAAGCAGGGCCGUGCACAUUUUAAAAUGUGCCAAUACGAGAAUAGAUUCGGAUGAUUCUCAAGGCAUGGACUACCAAGAACACACCAUCAUUCCGACUGUUUUGAAGAACAAGCGCAACCAGGCGGACUUGGCUCAUCACAAAUUUGACGUGGCGGUGCAAACUUGUUUCCCUCGUCCCGCAAUGGUAGAAGUAGGAGUCCAGGUGCAGGCAGGGCCCAUGCUGAGCAAGGCCGUGCAGACAGUGCGCACCGCGACCACCAGCGUCGCUGUACAGGCGCAGCUGCCGCCCGAGGGCUCCAUCGUUGCCGGGGUCAUUCCUUUUGGGGCUGUGGGUGCCAACUGCAGCGACAGAUGUGUUGGCCCGGUGGGCGCGCUGCUGACGGCGCUGCAGCAGCAGGAGUGCCUCCACGCUGUGCCCUGCAGCCUCUACCAGACGCUGCUGUCGCUGCUGCACCUCGCCCCUACUCAUCCUUUGCCUUGCUGUUGUCGCCGCAACUGUGAUGCAAAGACCGCCUGCUCCUCUGGCCCAGGACCGGUGGCUCCUCCAAACCAUCUCAAUAACAAUGUAGCUCCUGACGACGGCACGCUUGAGCAGAACCCCAAGCCUGGUCUCUCUGCUCAUGAGACUCGCUCGAGUGCCUCUGCAUCUGGCGCCUUGGAGGCUCCUCGGGACGAUGGACAUGGCGUCACCCACAGAACAAGACGAGGACCACCGCUCUUGAAAAACUGGAAAAACAACAAUUUGCGAUCAGGUUAUCAACGUACUAGGGAAGAUGAUGAACUUACGAUGGAUAAUGAGAGCAAGAAGAGUGAUAAUGAGAAGCCCAGUGCAGAAUCUUCUAACGAAGUUCGUUGUCCUGUGUCCUUGCUGAUUGCAGAAAAUGAUGAUGUCAGGUUUAAAAAAAUUGAUGAUGCAACUGCCUCAUCUGCCAGUGACAAUCUAACUGUCACAGAACUCCUAGGCAAUAGUGAAGACGAACCAACAAAACGAAAAACGUUUAAAGAUAUUAUAUCGGAGAACAUUUGCUUUUUGAAUGCUGCAAACACGCAAUUGUCAUCUGAGAUCCCAUUCAUGGGUGAGGUUAACCUCCAACCUACUGUGUCUCUGGUAGACAUAGCAAGUGCCAAGCCUUCACCACAGACUCCGCAAGCAGGAAGAUCGAAUUCGUCUUCUCUUCAUAACGAGAACAGAAAUGAAGAACAUGGACCUGCCGUUGACGAGUAUGUAAGUAAUACAUCACGCCCUAGCACCAGAGUUACGAGACGGCGAGCUAAACCUGCUGAAGAGCCGACGACGCAGUCCGACUUAUUUGAGUCCUAUGACAAGAAGGCUGCUGAGGAGUCCCUGGCAAAAGGUAUUCCAAAUUCGUCAACUACAUCAGCCAAAAAGCGGAAGGUUGUUGAAAAUGUAUUUCGGGAAAAUGAUGUCUGUUGCAAGACCAAAACAGCCACAUCUUUGCCAAAAAUUGAUAGUGAAAGCACGACUUCUGAAAAGAGUGCUUUGCGAAGUUCAGUUAUUUCUUUAAAUGAAACCUCAAGUUCUAGCAUUGUUUCUAUUAAGACUGACAAAUCUAUUGGGAAAAUGGACAAAAAAUUGGAACGGCCUAAGUACAAGCGAAUCCGCACCCUAGAAAGCUCUGAUUCUAGUUCUGACGAGACCCCAUUGAAGAAAAAACCUUCCACCAGAGACAAAACUACAUCUGUCAGCUCCAACGUUGCCCGAAAUUCUGCACAGACUCGUGAGAAAAAUUCUGAGGAGCUGCGUCUCGAUGAAUUUGAUGAUGGAGUUUUUGAGUAUUUUGGAUUCUACAAGAAAGAAUCAGAACCAUGCGCUAACACUGAUGCAAAGACAUGCAAAGGUGAUGCACCAGAUCAAGAAAUGUUUGAUCUGCCUGACUUAAACCUGCCCGCGUUAUCGAUUGAAAACUCACCAGUUGUUGAUGCUCUGCCGGUUGUGUUUGGCACCAACGGAGAGUCUGACGAGGAUGAGGAUCUCAUACCUGGCACUGCGGAGGUGUUUAAAAACAUUGAAGCUGACGCGGCCUUAAUUCAAAGAAUUCGUGAUGCAAAGAAAGUGGGAUCGGUCAUGAAUCAGCUGAAUGCCCAAGAUUUAUUAUCUCAAGAGACAAUAGUGAUGAGCUCAUCGGUGGAGUCUUGCACGUCCAACGACAAUCAAGAAGACGUGCUUCCCUCUGGCCAAAGUACUGCUAAGCCUUGUGACGAGGUGUGUCGUCAACCCUCUUCUUCAGACCGUCAUGACGAGGAAAGAAACACAAAACUGUACGGUACUGGCGGUAGCACGGUCACGUGUCUCACAGGAACAACCAAGUCGCUUUUUAAUGACUGUGACAGAUCUCUUCGUCACGCUGAUCGCGUCCUGCGUAGCCAGGAUACCAGCGUCUCAUCUGGCAACACGAACCUGAGGUCACAGAGCACCGCAAGCAGCAAGCUAUCAGCUACCAAGCAUAAUAAACGAGCCUUGAGCUCCUACAAUAAAACGUCUGCCAACGCAAGUAGUCAUGGCAUAUCUGGAAUAGACACUAUAAACUUGCCCGGUUCUAGACCAACAGAUGAAGUGGAGCCAUUGACAAACUCUUCGGAAGACAACCCCAAUGAUAAAGACACGGAUGCCGUGGGAGAACUGAGCCACCUGUCUAUGAUGUCCACGCAAUGCGAAGUGAUAUCGACGCAACACCGCAACAAAGUCCAGACUGAGGUGGAUAUCCUGCAGGCAAAGAUGGCGGCACUGCAACAGCAACUCUCGGAGAUCAAAAAGGGACAACUUAACGACCAUGAAGAGACUGAUGACACUUUCAGUUCUAAAGAAAGAAGUGAUGGCGUUAGUGAAGCCAAUGAGGGUCAAUGUGGUGUGACCGCUUUGCCAUUGAUUGAAGAUAAACUAGCUCAGUCUGAAGUAACAUCCAAAGUUACGUCAGGCUCUUCUAAAUCAUCAGACGGGUCAUCUAUUAUACGAACAAGUGCUUCGUCGGCUCCAAGUAGAGCUACACGGUCUUAUGCUAGGAUGAAUCUUCAAAUGGUGAAGGACGAGCCACCAACCAAGAGCUCUUGCAAAGAAGGAGCUUCAAGUUCUGAACCAGUCACCUGGCCUCGCAUCGCUACUCCUGGUCAGGAAACCAACUGUCUGGAUGCAGAUCAUCCAAUUUCAAGUUUAUCAAAGUCGACUGUUCCUCUCCCGAGCGCAGCAACAGCCUAUUUGAAUGCGCCGGAAGAUCAGGAUCUUUUCUCGAGCUUGCCUGAUCCCGAACCGAAGAUUGAUGUUGAGCCCAUCGGCUCCGUCCACGACACGCAUAUGAAUGCACAAGAAGAGCCGAGGCGCCUGACGCUGGUGUGCACGGGGCUGGCGGCGGACGAGACGCGCACGGUCUGCUCGCUCCUCAAGAACUUGUGCUGCUCGAGUGCCGGUGGUGACAGUAGCAAACCCAGGGGCGAGAUUCUCAAGACCUGGGUCCCUGGUGUCACUCACGUUAUUGUCAAAUGUGGGGCGGACCAAACGACUGAGCGUACAUUGAAGUACCUGUACGGCGUGGCCUCCGGCUGCUGGGUGCUUAGCUACCAGUGGGCGUUGAGAUCCCUGCAGGAGGGGCGCCUGCUGCCUGAGGAAGAGUUCGAGGCGCUAGACUCUACAGGCUGCGAGGGCCCUGCACGCGGGCGGCGGAUGCGGCACGCCCCACGCAGGUUGCUGCAGGGCUGCGUCCUGUGCUUCAUACCGCCCUUCAGGGACGUGUCCCUACAGCAGCUGCUGGAGCUGGUGCAGUUGUGUGGAGGGCAGGUGGCUGAGGAUGGAGCUCACCUCAAGAAGUUCCCACCACCUGCAGCGGCCCAGCACGAGCUGCGGCUGAUCGUCAUCAGCACCGACGAUGAGGAGGACGAGCAAAGCAAGCAGCUCGCUGGAGAUCUGAGUGUUCGUUACGGGUUUUCGGUGGUGGCCUCAGAUUGGCUGAUUGAAAGCGUGGCGAUGCAUUCACUGGUUGCUCUCUCCCCGUACCUCCUCUCACCGCUCCACGUCCCGCUGCUGGAGGCUUCAGGUGUAUCCACGCAGCUCCUGCACGACACUCAAGACUUCGUGUAACGUGUCUGCUUCUCUAUGUGUACAAAUUCAGGCCGUCUAUUGCCUUCCUGAAUUCUAAUGUGGCAUGCGUGACACUUGCCUUGCCUUGCAAUGGUCAUUUGUUUGAACAAGUGUGUCGCAGCUCACAGGACUUAUGGUGGCCGUGCUUUCCGUUAUAGAGAUACUACAUUCUAUAUUUCAAUAUCACAUUAAUAAUAAAAAUACAAUAUUCUGCUCAUAAGAAUGUUACACAAUUGGGUAUGUGUUGUGGAUAAAUAUUUUGUUGUAGGUUCAUCUCAUAUCUAACCCUCCUUAUUUAGUUAUUACAACUGGACAUAACAUUCAUACAAAGUAUUCAUUGACAUGCUGGGCCCAUCGAAACCUGUGUUGUUGCUUGUUCAAAAUGAUUUUUUUUAAAGAUUUUCUGUGAAGUGAAAAUCUUGGAGAAAAAAUGAUCUUGUGAAAAUAGUGUAAAGUUAUGGCGUUGGGUAAGUUUUGAUAAUGUUGAUUAAGUUAGUGAUAGCGUUAUCACCGCUGUAACUUUGCAGUCGUGCCAACAAGAUUAAAAGAUCUGGCUACCUUAGGAGCUCAAUUCAUUUCUCUUUGUCGCUGAUAGGCGAUGCUUAAUAGCCGUCGAAAGGGGUGCCUUUAAACCUGGGUAUCUACUGGGGAGAUCUUGAAGAUGGCGUAAGUUUGUGAUAGCUUUGCAUGAGUUGCCUGCCCUACGUUACACGAAGAGAAUCUAAUGAUGUACUUUCAAUCAUUCUGGACAAAGAGGAGUUUUUCAAAGAGUUGAAACAUAAUAGAAUGGCAUUAACAUAUAAACUUACAGCUUAUAACACAGGGUAUUGGAGAAGUAGCUAUAUGAUAACGGUUGUACAUGAAUAUUAAAUACUUUUUAUUAAGUGUUGAGAGGCAUCAAGCAAGUUGAAUUCUUGAAGGGUUUCGUGAUUUUGUUUUGUAUUAUGAACUAGAAAAUGUUUGUCUAAUGCUGAUAUGGUCAAUUUAUCAUAGUAAUAUUUAUGUUACUAUAACCAGUAUUGUUGUUAUUGCUUGAACAAGAAACGUAAUCUUAACUUGAAGUAGGUCGUUUGUGAAUGUAAAUUAUAUAUAGCCUAUUGCUGCUUUGCAAUAUCUAUAGUAGGCAUUCAACACUGAGCUUUCAACAUGCCUUACCUGUUAUAUUUGUCUGUAGCUUACGUCCUACGUCUAUGCGGGGUAACGAUACUGAGUGACGAAUGUCAUGAACUUCAGUAGUGUUUUUUUUUUUUUUGUAUCAAGAGACGACUGCUUGCUAUUUCUGCCUACGUGUUGGCAAUAUCAGUGUGUAAGUUACCGUUGACCAAGUGAUGUGGGCUUCAGCUCCGUAUUGUUAACGUGACUUGCAACACUUUACUUAUGGCGGUAGAGCUUCCCGUGUAUAAGAUAGUUGUUCUGGUUGAGUUUGAUAGGAAAUAUCGCACUAUCAGAAAUUGCAUGUGGAAAUCACAAGUGCUUUUUUCAUAAUGAUGCAGGUUUUUCUCGAUUUCGCAUUGAUUUUUUGGGGGGAUUUUGGUGUUGGGUUUUUUCCAUCCCAUAUUCCUGCUAAUUUGAACUCGCUAGAAAAUAAUAGGCUGGCGAUAGGUCCACCUUACGUUGCAAUAAGGAUAUAUUUUACUUAGGCGGAGCACUACGGAAAACGUUUAUGUCAGGAUAAAUGAAUCUGUAUCAAUUUCACAUUUACUUUUUCACGUCGUUUUCAAUGCGCUGAAUGGAGUGACUUCUUAUUGCGCUGCUGGGCUGUCACGUAGAGAUUCUGUGGAUUAUUUCUAGUUUUUUUUUCUUCUAAUUGCUUUGGCAGUUAGAUUUAUCAGAGGAUUUUUAUUUUAAAUUUAUUAUGUGAAUGUUGGAAUGCUUUGUUUUUAGUUUAUUUUUCUCGACUACUUAGUCCGUUGAUGUAAUAUUUGCGUCAAAUAUCUGCCUAUUUCAUUACUGAAAUACGAUCGAAUAUUCUUCGACAUUUAUUUAGUUUUGUGUUGUUUUCUGCGGAUAUUGUUUUUUUACAAAUUUGAGGUAAAUAAGAACUAUAUAAAAGUUAACAGUGCGUAUCGUUUUGCUAAGUGAGUUCUUAGGUUCUCUACUAUCACUGCUAUUCCAUGUACUCCGGGGAAUAUAUCGUAAUUAGCUAGAUUUAUAUCGAAAUUUUCAGGAAAUAGACAGCCUGCCGGCUAGAAGUGCCUAUAUAUCGUGUCGUUUCGCGUUAUAGUUUUCAUAUUCCAAUCUUUACUGCAUUUCAUAAUGUCAGGUUAUUCGUGAAAUCAAACAUAACAUUCUCGAUUAUUCCUCAUUUUUUUAUUGCUAUUAUAUAGUUGGAUAAAUAUUAUAAAUAUGUAAUUCAAUGAGUAAGGAAGCAAUUCAGUCAAGUCGCUACAUUUAUCGAGGCAGCAGAUCAACCUUAAUUAGGGAGGUUGGGAGGUUUAAGUACAUUCGCUGAGAUCGUUUGGUGUAGUGUAGUGCUCAUGAGUCUGAAUUAUCUUCAUACCAAGCAUCUGAUAUAGAAAUAAUGUCAGUUAGAUGUGUUUGUAAUAAAAUGAGUUAAUAAA